GGGGACGCGCAUGCGCCCUGCGUGGCGCGGAGCCGCGAUGCCGGGGGAGGUGGUGACGCUGCAGCUGGGGCAGUACGCGGGCUGCGUGGGCGCCCACUGGUGGGGGCUACAGGCCGCCACCUUGCGCAGCCCCGCCGGGGCCGCCGAGCUGCGCGCCCACGCGUUGCUCCGCGCGGGGCGGGCGGCGGGCGGCCGCGAGACGCACACGCCGCGCCUGGUGGCGCUGGAGCUGAAAGGCGGCGUGGGCGUGCGGGGGCCCGGCGGCGCGGGCGCGGAGGCGCCGGUGGCCUGGGACGGGGCGGUGGCCGCGUACCGGGAGCGCGGCCCGGCCGGGGGCUCCGCGCCGCGGGACAGCGGGAGCCGCACGGAAAAUGCUUCCUCGGAGGGAAAGGGAAGGUCCAGCACCCCGGCUCAAGGAGCAGCUCCUGCCUCUUCACCACUCGCCCUUUCCCAGGAAGCUUACUCAGGCAGCAGCACGCAGGUCUGGUCCGAUUACCUCAGCAUGCACUUGCAUCCCAAGAGCAUCUAUGUCAUCCGCCAGUACAUGCACGAUGGGGAAUGUGGCUGUCUGGAAGCCUUUGGACAAGGUGAAAGUCUCCUGCAGGACCCUGGCUGCAUAGAAGAGUUGGAAGAUCGGCUGCACUUUUAUGUUGAAGAGUGUGAUUAUCUGCAGGGGUUUCAAGUCCUCUGUGACCUACACAAUGGAUUCUCUGGAGUUGGUGCCAAGGUGACAGAACUGCUCUACGAUGAGUAUUCAGGAAAAGGUAUCCUGACCUGGGGCUUGACUCCAGUCCUGAGUAAUGUGGGAGAUUUUCAGAAGAAUUUUUACAGACUGAUGAACACAGCCCUUGGAAUUGUCCGUCUCUCCAGUCACAGCUCACUCUUCUGCCCCUUGUCGCUCAGUGGGAGUCUAGGAAUCAAGCCACAACCUCCCCUCACAUUUCCAUAUAUAAACUGUGAUGCAUCAUCUAACUACCACAGUAGCGCAAUCCUGGCAGCAGCGCUCGAUACCCUUACUGCCCCUUACCGGCUCUGUUCCUCUCAGGCCUCUAUGAUGCACCUUGCUGAAACACUUAACUUCUCUGGCAGAAAGGUUGCGGCUGCGUGGGCUUCUCUCCCCUUUCCUGUCCUACGUGGCUACUCGCUCCCCGAUACUUUAUGUGCCUACCAGCAGGACGUACCCUGGAAGCUUCUGUCUUCAUGUAGGGAGCAAAAGGUCAGCUGCUGUUUUGCUCAGUCUGUUGUGCUACGAGGAAUUUGCAAAGAAAGUCACAUCAGCAGCUGCCCAGGAAAGCAGCCCCCUUCUCCACUCCACACCUGUGAGAGCACUGAGCAGGUUCUGCAGCAUUACUUACACACUGUGUUUCCUGGAGCAUUCAGCACAUCCCAUGUGCUUGAGCAGCCGUGUCACACCCUUCCUCCGUACCCCCAGUUUUUUUCUCCUCUUCUUACCAGAGAAGGCUUCCUCCUGGACAAACCUCCCACCUACUCCUCAGCAGCUGUUGAAAGCAUCCCUGUACUAGCAGCCCUGCAGUCUUCACCAGUUCUGCACACACUCCUCUACAGCUUGUACAAGGAUCUCCAGAAGCUGAACAUGCGGCGAUGGGCCAGCUUCUUCUCUGCUGGAGUUGAACUGGACGACUUCCAGGAGGCUUUAGAGGAGCUCAGAACUCUAGCCCAGUGCUAUGAAACAGGGUUUGAAGCAGAUGAAUCUGAAGAUGAAGCAGAUUCAGACUAACUCAUCUUUAUUACUAGAGAUAGGGGAAGUAAAAAUAUCUUUAAGAUCGCUUUCAAAAUAAAGGGAAUGGCUUUAAAGAUG